AAUUUCGCAAACUACUACUCCCAGGAUUCCUAGGGGUUUCCCAGGUUGCUUUGUAAGGGCAUGGCGGGGCGAGAGUGAAUGUCAACCUAGAAGUUAAUCAGAACACUUUAAUUCAACCAAAAAGAGCACCAAAGAGAAGGGGCGGUGGACAGCAACUCCUGUUGCUGUUUCGUUUUAAAAACUCUGCUGGAUCUCACGUUUCUGUCGAGCACACCGUGUGGCCUUACUGGCGUGAAUGUGUGCCCUGGAUCACAGGUCCAGCUGGGCGUGGAGGGGCCGGUGAGGCAUUGCUGGUCGUGGUUGGCCUCUUCCCUGAGUGGAGCGGGCUUCUGUGAAAAUGAUUUGUUCUUUUCUACGAGCUGUGCAGUAUACGGAGAAGCUGCACAGGUCGUCAGGGAAGUGCCUGUUUUUGCCACGCUUUGUACUUACCAAAGCUUGCUUGAAGACCGAACCCAGAUGGAGAUGGGGGCUGCACGAGCGGAAAACGGUGCGGCCCGGAUGGACCCUCGGAGUCCCCCGGAGGACCGUCUGGACGCAGGGACGGGGCCUCCAGAGAGCAAAGGAGGACGGCAGCAAGCAAGUGUCUGUGCACAGCCAGAGGGCGGAGACCGCCGUCUCGACGGCACAGAAAGUUAGAGAAGCCGGAAGAGAUGUCACCUACUUAAUAGUGGUGCUUAUUGGAAUCACCGUCACAGGUAGCUUGUUUUACGUGAUUUUCAAAGAACUUUUUUCUUCAUCCAGUCCCAGUAAGAUAUAUGGGAAAGCCCUGGAAAAGUGCCGAUCGCAUCCAGAGGUAAUAAGUGUCUUUGGUGAGCCCGUUAAAGGCCACGGGGAGACGACCGGACGGGGUCGGAGGCAGCACGUCAGUUUUAUUGAAUAUGUAAAAGAUGGGCUGAAACACAUACGUGUGAAGUUCUACAUCCGGGGCUCGGAGCCUGGAAAGCAAGGAACGGUGCACCUGGAAGUGAAGGAGAACCCAGAAAGUGGUGAAUAUGAAUUUCGAUACAUAUUUGUGGAACUUGAAGCCUAUCCCAAAAGAACUAUCAUCAUCGAAGACAACCGGUCCUGAGAUCUCGAAGAGCCUCGGCGCGCUGCAUUUCCAGACGCGAGCUGUGCAGACGCAGCCCGGUCUGCGCUCUCCCCCCGCCCCGGAGCCAAUCCAGGGAGGCAGGAAGGAGGCUGUCUCGGAAACGUGGAUGGAGCCGGGCGGUUGUUGCAUUUAGACAGCGGAAUUAGAGAUUCUCCUGCAGAGGGAAAAAUCAUGAAAUAGAGCAUAUUUUAGGUGACCCCGGGCAGGAUGUCUGCUCUCCUGAACAUCAUCUUUCAUAAGAAGUAUUCAUUAAAAAAUCUACAUCAUGUGAAUAAGAAAAUAGUUCAGUAUUUUAUGCCUUUUUAAUGGUUUAUAGCUACAUAAAAAUCUGUGGAAUAAAACUAACACUAACGUCAGAAGCAGCUUCCUCCCAAGUCCUUUGGUAUCUGACUUGAGCAUUUGACAAUAACACGAGAGCUGUAGGGACCAGGUGCUACCUACACACUCGCCAAACGACCACAGAGAGGGCGUGACGCUGCAUGAGCUGUAAUCCGGGCUGUCUCACCUGUCUCCUCCCUGAAUCGGGGGCACCGGACACCAUGGGAACGUGAACUCGCUGAAGUCCGGUGGGCCUGCCCAGGUUCCCACCAGGCAAGUGGGCCUGGGCAGUACCUUCACCUCGUCCAGCCUCGCGGGCAUGGCUUGUUAGGACCGCUGAAUGAGGUGACAGGCAAGAGUGCCCGGACCACAGAAGGUCCCCUGGCAUGUCCCAGUCCUUCAGAGCGCGCCCUGUGGCAUCACUGCCAGAGCAGCGUGGGCGUGAGGGCGAACCGCCAAGCACCCAAAGGCCUUUGUGGCUACGCACACCCGUUUUAUCUGAAGGACCUACAGGGCACGUGGGGAAGUGGCCUCCACGCACAGGGGUGCGGUCUCAUAUCCGUCUGAAGGCCCACAGGUGCUGGGACUGGUCCCAAACUGCCCUUGCCCGCAGCAGCUUCGGUGUCCAGGGGGCCCUGCAGUGCUUUUCCUUCUCCCUCAGAACUCCAGUGGGCACGUGAAACAGCUGCCGGGGACACAGUCUUCGGUGACCCCCCUGCUUAAUUCUGCUCAUACUUCAGUGUACCGGCUUGUUUUUAAAUGUUUUUUCAUUUUAAUUAUGAAAAACCCCAAACAUUUACUAUAUACAGAAGAGAUCAGAGCAGACACCCGUCUCUCUGAUGUAACGUGUUCUGAGUGGCUGGGCGAUUCUGCUUGGACUUGUCUCUAACUGGGUGCUCCUCCCCUUCCCGGUAGGAGGUCCCCAUUCAGUACCCUGCUCCCUGACUGGUCCUCCUGUACUGUGUCCUACAAACCAUUCAAACCAUCGCGUCACCGAAACCUGGCCUCGGAGCUGCUGGGGACUUUUGAGCCUUCCUGCUGGCCCUGUGUUUGUGGUUUAGGGAUGAUUUCUUCCCUAUAUUCAUCUCUCUGUGCUCUCCUAUCAUUAUGUGCCAGGCCCCUUUAAGAUAAGAGCUUAUCAUUAAGUUACUUUCACAAAACUUUUUUCAAAAGAAAAAUUGUGUACUCAGGUUCUGAGUUAACCAUGGGAAGAUGUAAUGCAGUUCUUUUCAGAUAGCUUUUUUUAUUGUACCCUAGGAUAUAAUUUGAUACAGCAUGUUAAAAUUCCUGCUUUUGAAAGAGCUGCUUUAAUCAGCUUUGGCAUCUGAUUUUGAUUCAGGCAUCUGUCCGUGGCCUGCUCCCAUCUUCAACAUCUUUUCUGAAACUGACCGUGUGCAGUGUCCGAGGCUGUCGUUUGUAUGAAAGAGAAAAUAACGCGAUCAUUUUCUGGCAAAGCUUUUGUUAUUCCUUCACCCCCCGUCAGCAAACCCCUCAUCAGAAGUCAGUCUGGAUGUGAGCUCCGUCUCCGUAAUGAGGACACUGGGCCAGACGAGGGUGCGUCCGAGGGGCUGCUUUCAGCGGUGAGAUUUCCAGCCCACCUCCCUCCCUCCACAGCUGUGAUGGGUGCUGGUAGCUGUUUCCUCCCAUUCAGUAAACGGCAAGGACAUGAAUUGCUUCCCUCAUUCUCCUCCAAAUAUGGUUGCCCAAGUCCUCGUUUAUGGAUCUUAGCAUCGUGCUUACUACGCCACUCUGUAAUGC